GGUGCAUUCGCGAGUUGUAGAAAGCGGUCGAGUCGAGGGAAAGAAACGCAUUUUUUUCCUGCGCCACGGGACUGCAGUCUUUCCCCGAUCGAAUGAGGAAACCUAUAACUCUUUCGAAUGACAGUUGCAGAGGUUUUAUUCGCGAUAUGUAGAAAGCGGUACAACUGAGUGAACUAAAGACGCAUUUUUUUCGCCGUGCGGGACUAUACUCGUAGUCUUUCACCGAGUCGGACCAUGGAAGGUAGCGGGGACAACAGCUUCUCCCUCCCGAACGUUUCGAACCAGAGUUUCCCCACGGCCAUCCCGGGGUUUCAGCGGGACGAGACGCUAGCGGCGAUAGAGGUGGGGGUUCUGGGCGCGAUGAUGUUCCUGGCGCUCGGCGGGAACUUGUGCGUCCUGGCAGACAUCUACCACAGCAGACGGCACCACAGGCGGAUGCACCUUUUCCUCACACAUCUAUGUAUUGCAGAUCUUGCCGUUGCCUUCACGAACAUCCUCCCACAGCUGAUCUGGGACGUGACGGGCCGGUUCCUUGCCGGCGACAUCAUGUGCCGGGUGGUCAAGUUCAUCCAGCUGGCGUCCCUGUACGGCUCGUCCUACGUCUUAGUCGCCACCGCAAUGGACCGGUACUCGGCGAUCUGCCACCCCAUGUCCGUCCUCACCAAGACCUCCAAGCACCCGAAACGACUGAUCCUGCUGAGCUGGUGUCUGUCGUUCCUGUUCGCCGUACCGCAGGCGCAAAUCUUCCGGCUGCAGCUGGUACAGGGGGAGUACGACUGCUGGGGGGAGUUCGAGGGGGACUGGGGGGACAAGGCGUACGUCACCUGGUGCUGUCUCUCGCUCUUCGUGGUCCCCUGCUUCAUCAUCGCGUUCGUCUACGUGCUGAUCUGUCGGCAGGUGUGGAAGAGCUUCCAGAGCGACAACCUGGACGUGGUGAGGACGCGGCGGGGGGUCAAGGUGACCCGUCACCGGCAGCUGACCGUCAGGCCCAGGACUCACAUGGGGAUCGACUUCACGGCCACCAAGGUGAAGACGGUGCAGAUGACGCUGGUGAUCGUCAUCGCCUACGUGGUGUGCUGGUCGCCGUUCUUCGUCUGCCACCUGUGGAACACCUGGGACACUGAGGCGCCAUUCGAAGGUGCAGCUUUUACUAUCAUCAUGCUGCUGGCCAGUCUGAACAGCUGUGUCAACCCCUGGAUCUACUUCCUCUUCACCGGACAGUGCUUCGGCUCUCUGCGUGGGAGGAAACAGCAGUACAUGAUCCCAACAACUUUUCGCUCCCGCUCAAGCCCAAACAACAAGCACCUUGACCGCGCCCUGCACAGCAUGAGUGACCACUCCGGUGCCAACGGUCACACCGUCCGCUACGUCAACGGCGUCAACAACCACGUGACGUUCGUGGCCUGCUACACCCGGUCCGUCACCACCAAGACCAGCACGCGGAGCAUGCGGCGUGGGGACCAGCGACAACCGCCUCCCCCGCCACCUCCUCCCAUCCGAACGGUGAAGUUCUCGCUCCACGAUGACGUUGUUGAGUACAGCAGCGGCGCCCCGCGGUCAGACGGGGUUCUGGAGGUGAAGAAGAAGCACACCAAGCGCCACACACACUCGUUCGGAACCGUCUACAGCUUUGACACACACUCUGUGUGAGCAUGGAGUUAAAAUCAAUGUGGAUAUAAUUGAUUUCUACAAUCAAUUGAUUUUAACUCCAUGGUGUGAGUCAGCACUGCCACUUCCAUCCGGGAACUUGCUGGC